AUGCCUUCCAUCGAAGCACAGGUUUCCACCUCGUCUCCCGUUUUUGACUUGGAGUCUGAACAUGACCAUACAAUCACCAUUGACCUUUUCCUUCAACACAAUCGUCCGAUUACGUUCCCAACUCAGAAUCUUCGUCUUUUCGACUCACCCAUGAAUAAAGGAGGGCUUACUUUCACGGACCUCAAGACCGGCACCGAGGCUCGUCGAAACACAAUCUUUAUGUGCGGCCCCGACCGCGAAGGGUCCUUGCGAGAGGACAACAAAAGCAAUUUCCUGACACUACAUCCCGGACAGAAAUAUACUAUACAAGCAUCUAUAUCACGCAUGGAAAGUGGAGUAGGACGCAUCCAACUGCCGCCGGGAAGCAUAGCCGAAGAAUACAGGGAGGCAAUUGAAGCGCAGCCUAAGGUUUGGAAAUGGUGGAAGGCGGGGAAUCUCGAGAAUGGCAAGACUUACAGACUUGGUAUUGAUGAGGAAUCUACCAUAAAGGAAUGGUUUGAAGGGAGUAGGGAAGAUCUCCUUCGUAAGCCGUUGUCUGAGCGGACUAAUGAAAAGAUGAAGAAAGAGCUGGUCGUGAUCAAGGUAACUCAGGCAGCCGAGUUUACUAUGAAGAGGCCUGAUUCUGACGGCAGUUUGGACUGGCCUUAG